GCGCGUCUGUGCGUCAGUGCGUGUGACGUCUGUUGCAUUGUUAUUUGUCAAAAGUUGUAAACUAAAUUUUCAUUUUAUUAAUUAAAUAAAUAAUUAAUCAAAAAUUCGAGAAUUAUGAAUUAAUAAGGAAUAGAGAAUACUGUAAGGUUCAUUACUCUGUUAUAGACGAAGUGAACUUCUUUGACUUUUAGGAGAAAAUCUCAAAAUGACCAACCUCGAUGUGAGCAACAGUAGCACUGAUAGCAGCUCAGGGUCAACAUCAGACUCCAGUAGCAGUGGAAGCUCUUCCACUAGCUCAGGCUCUGGCUCCAGCAGCUCUGAUUCUGAAUCCUCAACCUCCGACACCCCAGCAACCACUAUUGCACCACCAGCACCAAAAUCACCUGUAAAAGUUGAAGAGCCGAAGAAGAAAGAGGAACCAAAACCACGAAGACCAUCAAAAGCAAAGAUAUCAUCAUCAAGUGAUGAUGAACCUCCUAAAGUACCAAGUCCAAAACCAGCUCCACCUAGGAGACGAGUUUCCACCAAACCAAAGGCUGCUGUUGCAGUUCUUGCAAAAGGCAAAACUGCACAGAGAAUUUCUUCUGGUGCAAAGACUCCGAAACCAAUCCCAAAAACAAUACCCAAGGCUCAACCAAAACCGGACACCGGCACACUUAAAAAGAAAAGCAUAUUCUCCCCUGACAAUAGUUCCGAAUCUGAAUCUGAGAGUAAAUCAUCAACUAAUAAAAGCCCUAAAGCAUCACCUAGACCAAAGCGAGGUUCUAGAAAGUCUAGCGAUGAGAAAGACAACUCUCCGGUGACAACAGCUGACAAUGACGAUUCUAAUUCAAAAGAUAAUGCUAAGCGGAAAAGUGUUAACAGGCUGAAUGGACCACCUCCAAAGAAAUCUAUUGAGGACAAGAGUGCAUCAUCAUGCACUUCCAGUCAGUCUUCAGUGGAGUCUGUUUCCUCAGACAGUGAGAGUGAGCCUACACCGAAGAAGGACCCAAUUAAAACUGGGAAGACAAAGCCUCCAUCCAGUGCUACCAAGGAGACAAGAGACCAAGCUUCUAAGAGUGGCGAUUCCGGUGAUUCUCCAGUAGCCACAAUGCCCAGGAAGCUGACACGGUCUCUGUCAGCGAGGGUGUCGAGAUUAGCUGCAGCAUCAAGACGGACCAACACUGACACUGAUUCAGAAGCUGAUGAUAAGAGCAAUGAUAAGAACAGUGCCAGCAAUAGCAACAGCAACAGCAACAGCAACAACAGUAGUAACAACAAAGAUAUUAAGAAGAAUAUUAAGGGUCGGGCUCCGCCGGCGAGGUCGCCGGUCGUUCUGCCGAUGCCACAAGAGCCGGCUCAACAACGGUGUCCUGUACGUGGCUGUGACUCCAGCGGACAUCUCGGCGGCAAGUCCAGCCGGCACAUGACGUGGGACGCGUGCCCGCUGUACCACAACGUGACGGGCGCGUGGUGCGUGGCGGCGGGCGAGGAGCGCGCGGCGGCGGCGGCGGCGCGGCGCCGCGCGCUGCAGCUGCUGCAGCAGCGGCCGCGCGCCAUGCCCACGCUCGAGCAGCGCGCCUACCAGCUCAAGGUCAAGGACAUGCGGUCAAAAUGGAAAGGCAGUCAAGAGUUACGUGAGAAACUGGCAGCGUCUGGCAAUGAGGAGAUGACGGAAGACAGGGAGCCGAUCCUCGAGGGCUUUGCUCCGGACUACGAUCUGAGGCUGUUCAGGGAGGCGCAGGCACUUGCCGCCAUCAAGAUAGAAGAGGAACUAGGGGAUAUACCUACAGAUAAAGGGACUAGAUACGUGGUGAUGGGUAAGUACAUGAUGGAGGUGUGGUACCAGUCCCCGUACCCGGGCGACGCCGCGCGGGUCCCGCGCCUGUUCGUGUGCGAGUUCUGCCUCAACCACCACAAGAGUGCCACCGGCGCGCAGCGACACAAGGUCAAGUGUGUGUGGAGGCAUCCGCCGGGAGAUGAGGUGUACAGAAAAGACAACCUAAGCGUAUGGCAAGUGGACGGCCGUAAACACAAGCAGUAUUGCCAGCAGCUGUGCCUGCUCGCCAAAUUCUUCCUUGACCACAAGACGCUGUACUACGAUGUGGAGCCGUUCCUGUUCUACGUCAUGACGAAUGCUGAUCAUGAGGGCUGUCAUAUUGUCGGGUACUUCAGUAAGGAAAAGAACUCGUUCCUCAACUACAACGUGUCGUGCAUCCUGACGCUGCCGCCGUACCAGAGACAAGGCUAUGGAAGGCUGCUUAUAGACUUCAGUUACCUCCUCACAAAAGAAGAAGGCAAGGUCGGCUCACCAGAGACCCCCCUCUCGGAUCUUGGCCUGAUCUCCUACCGCUCCUACUGGAAGGAGGCGCUCCUCAAGCGGCUGUGCUCAGCCCCUGGCCCUACGCUGUGCAUCCGAGACCUCAGCAAGGACCUGGCCAUCGCCUCCUCAGAUAUCGUCUCCACGCUGCAGGAGAGAGGCCUCAUGAAGUAUUGGAAGGGCAAGCAUAUUGUGCUUAAGAAACAGGAGGUCCUCGAGGAGGUAUCUCGGCGAGCGGCCCGCGCGCGCUGCGUGGACGCGGCGUGCCUGCGCUGGUGGGGCGCUUGUUGGAGUACACUUACCGUGUCGGCGGUAGUCCGCGGGCGCGUCGGGCACGUGGGGCAGCACGUGGCGGGAGACGAAGAAGCUAAAUGUGUGUUGACGACUAAGGGAGAAGCCUCGCGGCGGCAGGCGAGCGCCGCGGGCUGGUCGCAGCUCUCGCAGGCGCCGCGGCUCGCCUCGGCCGCGAGGACAAAGCGGCAGAGGUAA